AUGGAAGGACUUCAAAGAGAGCUCGUUGAUCAACGAAGGGAGGCCCGGGAAGCAAUUAGGAGCGAAAAUUGGAGACAGGGUUUGAACACAGAGUUCGAUGCUCUACUAAAGAACAACACAUGGACACUGAAGCCCUCAAAUUCAGCUACCAAUGUCAUUGGGUGCAAGUGGGUUUUUCGGGUAAAGAGGAAAGCUGAUGGUUCGGUAGAAUGCUAUAAAGCACGGCUUGUAGCGAAAGGUUUUCAUCAAUUAGCUGGAAUUGAUAAUGAUGAGACCUGCAACCCUUUGCGAUUUGAGAGGAAAGCAAGGAGAGUUGGGGUGAAAGGGAGGGAUAGAGGAACGCCACGAGCUGCAGAUGUUGCGGAAUCGGAGAACGUCGAUGCGGGUGUCGAGGUUCUUGCUGAUCAUGGGCAAUAG